CUUUAUCCUGGCCGUUAUAGUCAGUCCUUUAGUGACUCGCGGCGAGUGUCUGACGUCCGUCUCCACCACGUGCUCGCGAAGUGAUAAAAAUAUUCAAAAAAUGGUGUAAACACUUCAGGCAACGAUGUAAUUACACAAUAAUUGUAUAAGAAGUGGCAGAGACGAGAUAAAAUGGCGUUUGCGGCCGCUAGAAUGAUUCUCAAAGACAAGAGGAGGAAAACAUCUAAAGAGGAUUUUGCUCCGAGAAAUAAGAGCAAGGCGCGCAGCGGAAGCGCCAGUAGCUAUAGAAGUCUAAGUCAGGCCCGCAAUAAGCCGGCAGAUGGUCACGUGGCUCAGAAACUGCAAGCAGGUCAAAGGACGCCGACUCACGGUGCCAAAAAUGGUCCCCCUAAAACCCCCAGUAAGCCUUCGCAGAAGAAUGCAGCACAAAAAGGACAACCGAUCAAGCAGGCGCCGGCUAAAGCUGCAGCUGCUGCUGUUAAUAAAACUGUGAAGAAGACCAAGAAGGGGAAACAUCACCAGCACGACCUCAUCGUGACUAUUAACCUGACUGAAUAUGGCUUGUCGGAGGACCAAGUGGCCGAGUUCAAGGAAGCCUUCAUGCUGUUCGACAAAGACGAAGACGGGACGAUAACAAUGGCUGAAUUAGGGGUGGUAAUGCGAUCGCUAGGUCAACGACCCACAGAAACCGAGCUUCGAGAUAUGGUGAACGAAGUGGACCAAGACGGCAACGGCACCAUCGAAUUCAACGAAUUCCUGCAGAUGAUGUCCAAGAAGUUGAAAGAUGCCGACGGUGAAGAGGAACUGAAGGAGGCUUUCCGCGUCUUUGACAAGAACAAUGAUGGGUUGAUAUCGUCCAAUGAGCUGCGUCACGUGAUGACUAGUCUAGGGGAACGCCUCUCUGAAGAAGAGGUCGACGAUAUGAUCAAAGAGGCGGAUUUGGACGGCGACGGCCAAGUCAACUACGAAGAAUUUGUCAACAUUUUGACGGCCAAGAACUAGAAAGAGACUGGAAGAAAAUGGUCCAAUUAGAGUACUGCUUAUAUCAAAGAAUGUCCAGCAGCAAAAACUAAUUAAAUUAUAUAAAAUUAAACAACUAAAAGUCUACUCGUAUUAAUUACUACAAGCACUGCUUCUAUUCUUUGUAAUUCUUCUAGAAACUCCUCUAUUUAAAAGAAGAAACAAAUGCUGACUUACAGGGUUGAGAUAUUUAUUAAAAAUAAUCGUCGAGAAAUUAUUUUUAUUAAAUACAGCCUUAAUUAGUUGUUAAUUUUCGUAAUUAAUUGUUAGGCCUUUUUCGAGUCUUUCUAAAGUAAGUUUACGAAUUUUUCCUCUCUCCGCGUUUCUAUGAUGAUGAAAAAAAUUACGAUACGAAAGCUUGACAUGAGGUUGUUACUAAUUAAUCGCAAUUAUUUAGAAUUCACGUUUAAUUAGAUAGCAAUUAAUUUUAAGACAAAUUAUAUUCCAUUUUAUAAUACGAUCCAAUAAUGAAUUUUUUACAAAGUUAGGCUUUGGCGUUUUCUGUAAUUAAUUAAAUUAAUUAAUUCAGUAGAACCAAUUUUUGGUGAUUCAAUGUUGAAGUUAAAUGUUGAAAAUGUAUAAAUGUCUGGUCCUCGUUAAAAAAAUCGACAAGACGCCAUAUUUCCACUAUUUUUUGUCUCUUUCGAUUGUUUUAAAGGGGACACUCGUCAUAGACAAUAAAACUAUUUAGUGAAUGGCUAUAAUUUUGUAGUUUUUACUACAAUCCUCUGUUGUUAUGUUAAAGUUUUUAUGUAAGUUUUAUUUAUCAAAAUAGAGUGUUUUAA